CUUUGGACCGCAUUCAGUUUCUUUUGAAGAAAGAAAAUAUAAUAAAGAAGUACAUCCAAAAAGUAAAAUGGACCUUUGCCGACUCAGAUCUUCCGUCGGCUUAGCAGAUCUUCGCUGGGAAGCAGAUCUUCCACCGGAUCAGCAGGUCUUCACCGGGAAGCAGCUUGAAGACGGCCUGACCCUUGCCGACUACAACAUCCAAAAAGUCUACUUUGCAUCUGGUGUUGAGGCUUCAUGGUGGAAUUAUCGAGCAUGCUUUGAUGUUCCGACCAUCUGCCGCAAUUCUCGAAAUUGGGAUUUUUCAACUCUCAUUUCAUCCUCUUUGUUGCCCGUUGCUUUAACGUAGCGUAAGGGACGAUGCCCAAAGAAAGGCCCUAUGUGAGCUGUGCUCUCUUUGUUUGUCAUUCGCUUGAAUCAACCAGGUGAAGACAACAGGGCUAGGCUAGAAUUUCAAUCCUAUCUUCCCUCAUAGAAGAUGGGUGGGACAACACAAAAUAAAUGUUGCAUUCAGAGAAUAGGUUUAGCGAUGGUGGAAGACGACCAUGACGAGGACAUUAUAUGGGACAAGUGAGACUAAAACAGAGAGGCUAUGUGGUCGAUAAGGAGCUCCUUUUCUUCAUUGUCUUAUGCUACAUUUUGUGAUAUGCCAAAAAAGAUUGCAUUACAGAGAAAAACCAUCAUUUUUAGCCAAAUAUUUGGCCCUAUAUGUGAGUGGGUAACACCUAUUCUUGCAAGGAUGCUUCUCUCUAGCAAGCGAUAAGUCGUGCACUGUCUCACUUUUCAAGUUGGAGGUCGUAGAUCAUUGUCCAAUUAGCUUCAGCACAACGCCGCAGCGAGAGAGAGAGAGAAAGAGCAUACCGCCACAAGUAGGGUUUUGUUCUUGAUGCCUUUUUGGAUUCAAUCACUGUGGAAUUUAAUCUUUGUUGGUGCUUGAUUUGGGAUUCAAACAGAGUCUACUUUGCAAGGGGUGCACUGACGGCAUAACAUCAGGCAGAGGCGACGGAGGAGCAACGACCAUGGAUGCAUUUUGGGGUGAGAGACACCCUAAGGCUCCAAAUCUAGAGGAAUGGAUUGCUUAAUGAAGUCCAUAGAAGUGUUGAAGAGAAAGUAAGAGUAUCUGCUGAUUUGCAAAAGAAAAAGAAUUUUAGGCAUGUUAUUUCCACCGAAUCAAUAUAAAUAAUACUCAUGACAUACUUAUACUCAUUUGAUCUAAGAAUUUGCUAUCUAUUGAGACAUUUGAAUCUGCACAGAUGCACUGCAUGGUCAUAGUCUGGAAUUGCAUGUGCAGCUAAUCUCAUCGUCUCAAAGAAUUUGUGUUGUUUGAGCAGCUGAACUUUCCAAAGCUUUUCUCAUCUCUCAGAUUUGCUGAUGAUUUGGGUUGUCUAGAAAGUUGAGUUUAAAUUUAUGCUAUAAUCUAACUCUGAGUUAUACUAUUUAUUUUAUGCAGCCUAUUGUUACUGUUGGUUUUGCUGAUUUUUCUUAUUUGAGGUUUCAGGUUAACAACUAAAAGAGAUGAAAAGAGUGUUUUCUCCGCUGAUUUUUUCAGAACUGUUUCAUUUAGACAUUAUAUAAAAAGGUACUUCAUCUGUGGUACUAAUUAAAAAGAUAUUAUUUUUUUAGCAUUUUCAUGUUCAAAAUAUUCUCCCUUUACAUAUUGUCAUAGGCUGGAACUUUUCAUUAUAGGCUUUUUAGCUAAUCUUAAGUAAAGAAUAGUUUGAAAAACAUUUUUGCCAUAAUGAUUUAUUGAGCUGUAGUGUGUAUCAAAUUGGCAAUAAGCCUAUGUGUGCUGCUAUAUCCACUCCAUUUAGUCCGGAUUUGAGUUCUCAUUCCAAGGAAGAAAGAAAAGGAAAAGCCAUUUAAUGUGUACAAUGCAGAAAAUAGCUAUUUUUAAAUUAAAAAACAGUCAUCGUAAUGUAACUUGGUAACAUUUCAGUAGUUUGCAGCUGGAAGAAGACAUGUAUCCUGCUCAGAUCCUUCAGCUAACAAUUUACAAGGGAUGAUAAUUGUGAAUGGGGGGGAGAUGGGUUAUGGUUAAACAACUUGCAUCACCAGAAACAAAUAUACUUCUAUUUCUCCAGAUCUGAUAGAAUUUGAGAAUGGGUAGAGAUAAUUGGAUUGGGUAAUAAGACACUUGGGUUGAACCGCAUUAAAAGAUUGAAUCCAAUCAAUUAUUUAGUUCAACUCAAGAGCUUAUAUACCGAUUUAUUUUCACAAGUUCCGAUGUGGGAUAGACUACAACAAGAUCAAUCUUGGCUAAACAAAACAAGUACUUUUGGUUAUAUGGUUUCUUGCCUGUUUAGUUUAUGUGUAAAUAGAUACCAUGGAAUUCUUUUCAUAUAUGGUUUCAUACGAUUGUUCCUUUUUUCUUAUCUUCUAUUAUUAAUUUGGAAGGAUUGAUAUCAAUCAAUCACUUGCACAUACUUUGGACAUGAAUUUCAUUUGAAAUUCUCUUUAAAUAUACUUCUCUUUGAUUUUGCAUUUGUCAGAAUUUGAUUGAGAUUUUUUUGAAGUUUUUUCUAUAGAGUAGGAAACUUAUAAACCAUCUAUAAUGUAUU